CAAAGUGAUAAAACCAGAGCAUUUUCAGGCUGGAAAAUCUCUCUUAAACUUGACCCUCACAGUUCUAUUCCAUGGAAAUGACCAAAUCAAAUGAAGCUUAGUAACACAAUGAGCUAGAGAUCUACAGCACAAUAAAGAACCAUCAAUCAUUUGUUCUUGAAGGCUCAAGAGUUCCAGUGGGUCACUUUCUCUUGCCAUCGAUCAGAGAAAAAGCAGAAAGGCAGAAGCUUGUUCAGUUCUGAUGGCCAAAGACAGCUCUGGAUCUUUGAACAUUUUUCAGAUGGAAAUGAAGAAGCGACGCAUAACUAACAUCUUGGUUGUAACUGGCCUUUGUAUGAUCUUCUACAUACUCGGUGCUUGGCAAAACUCCUCGACCACAGUCAAUCCUAAAUCGGAUUUGGAUAUGAAAGUGGGAUGUGACACCUCAUCUUCCUCGCUUGCUACUCUUGAUUUUGACUCUCACCAUGCAUUGGGCCUCAAUGAAACAUCCAUGGUGGACAUGAAAUUCCCUCCGUGCAACCUAAACUUUAGCGAGUACACUCCUUGCCAAGACCGAACUAGGGGAAGGAGGUUCUCGAGGGAAAUGCUUGCAUACCGAGAACGACAUUGCCCUGGAGAAGAUGAGCUCAUCCAGUGCCUAAUCCCUGCUCCACCGAAAUAUAAAUCGCCCUUCAAGUGGCCUCAGUGCAGGGACUAUGCUUGGUAUGACAACAUUCCUCACAAAGAACUCAGCAUCGAGAAGGCUGUUCAAAAUUGGAUCCAAGUAGAAGGUGAUCGUUUCAGGUUCCCCGGUGGUGGAACAAUGUUUCCACAUGGAGCUGAUGUUUACAUUGAUGACAUCAAUGCUCUCAUCUCGUUAACUGAUGGUAACAUUAGGACUGCCAUUGACACAGGCUGUGGAGUUGCAAGUUGGGGUGCUUAUCUUCUGAAGAGGGAUAUCAUUACAAUGUCAUUUGCUCCAAGAGAUACGCACGAAGCUCAAGUUCAGUUUGCUUUGGAGCGAGGAGUUCCUGCCAUGAUCGGGGUGAUGGCAACACAGAGACUGCCUUACCCAGCUCGAGCUUUUGAUAUGGCUCAUUGUUCCCGAUGUCUUAUACCCUGGCAAGCUUAUGAUGGUUUAUAUCUAACUGAAGUUGAUCGAGUUCUGAGACCGGGUGGUUAUUGGAUUCUUUCGGGUCCUCCAAUCAAUUGGAAGAAGCACUAUAGAGGCUGGGAAAGAACUCAAGAAAACUUAAAGAAAGAGCAAGAUUCAAUAGAGGAUGUCGCUAAGCGUCUAUGCUGGAAGAAACUAGUUGAGAAAGAUGAUCUUGCGGUUUGGCAAAAGCCAAUCAAUCAUAUUGAAUGCAAAGAAAGCCGAAGGAUCUAUAAAACACCUCGCAUUUGCAAGAAUGAAAAUGCUGAUGCUGCUUGGUAUAAGAAAAUGGAGGCUUGCAUAACCCCUCUACCAGAAGUGAGUAAUCAGGAUGAGGUUGCAGGUGGUAAGCUCAAAAAAUGGCCUGAGAGGGCAUUUUCUGUUCCACCAAGGAUAAGCAGUGAUUCCAUUCCUGGAUUAACCGCUAAGACAUUUGAAGACGACACUCAAUUGUGGCAAGAACGGGUAGCUCACUACAAAAGAAUCAUUCCAGGAUUGUCUAAAGGUCAAUACAGAAAUGUGAUGGACAUGAACGCGUAUCUGGGUGGAUUUGCAGCAGUUUUGACGGAGUAUCCUGUGUGGGUGAUGAAUGUGGUACCUGCAAAUUCAAAACUUGAUACUCUCGGUGUGAUCUAUGAAAGGGGGCUUAUCGGAACAUAUCAUGACUGGCAUGAAGCCUUCUCCACUUAUCCUAGAACUUAUGAUCUGAUCCAUGCUAAUGGAAUUUUCAGCACUUAUCAGGGCCGGGGUAACUUCACAUACAUUCUGUUGGAGAUGGACAGGAUACUAAGACCAGAAGGAACGCUGAUCAUACGGGACGUCAUAGAGGUCCUUAUAAAAGUUCAGUCGAUAACAAAUCAUAUGAGAUGGAAGAGUCAGAUCAUGGAUCACGAAACUGGACCGUUCAACCCUGAGAAACUCUUGGUGGCUGUUAAGACAUACUGGACUGCGGACACCUCUACGCGGCAAUGAUGAGACAAUGAUGAGACGAUUUUGAGUGUACCUUAGUUUGCCUAGUGCAGAUAGGUUAUGAUGCAGGUGCUCUGUUGCUAUCUCAGUUCUCACUGUAUUCUAUUGAUGCAGAACCUGUAUGUUAAAUUUUGUAUAAUAUCAGUAAAGAUGGAACUUUUUGUGGAUUUGAUCAA